CGCUCUUGCACUGCCGCUUCAGUGUGUACUUCACAGCUCCCUACUGCCUUCUCCGCAAUGGACUGGUCACAGACCGACGCAUUGGCUAGUAGCCGGCGUCGAAAUAGUUCAAAGCUGUCAUUAGGCUCUACUCCUUCUUCUCCCAUUUCCACGGACGCUGCGGAUGACGACGAUGGCGAUGCCCCUUUGACACCUACCGAAAGAUUGGUGGACGACGAAGAUGAGGAUGACGCGAUGUUGUCCUUGAACGGAGUCCUGUCAACCGAUGAAAAAGACGACGACGAUGAGCAUGCUUUGCGUAAUUCUUCCCCCUCUACUCUAAGCUCUGUACCUGACGAUUUUCCUUUAUCGCGGUCGCCUUCACCCGUAUCCGAUCCACACCCUGAAAAUAAUCCCAGCGAUGUUGUAAAUAACAAAAACGAAUCACCAAAGCUACCGCCGGUCGAAGAAGAAGACAAAUUAAGAAGUCGAAGGACUGGUCGGCGGACACGAAAACGAAAAAUAGUGCGUGAUGAAGAAGAGGCACCAGAAGUUCCGGAAGAAAGGAAACCAAGGAACGGAAGAGUCUCUAAACCUGACAAUGACGCCCCAAGUAAUGAUAGUGACUCAGGAUCUGGACGAUCUCAGCGAAAACGACCCAAGGUCAGCGCUGUGCCAGACGAUAAAAAAGAAGAUGACCUAGCCGUGGCUGAACUGGACGAUACCUCCCACCCCAUAGCCAAUAUCAAGGAAGAAGAGGAAGAGGCUUUACAUCCAGAUUCGACUAUUACCAACGGUACAGCCAUUAUAGACGACGAACAUAUCGAAAAAUCAGCUGAGCCUGGAGACGAUGAACCGUCUCAUGCUAUGGAGGGUGCAUCACCGGCUGUUGGACCAGAAGACCGGAACUCAGUCGCAACCGGUGCAGAAGACGAAGAAGGUGAAGAUCAACCUCCACAACCAAAUGAUCAUGAAUAUCAGCAGAGUCAUAAGGAAGCACUCUUGGCCUUGACUCAUAUCGAAGUAGAAUUCGCACGGUUACGAGAGACGAUGUAUCAAGAGAAAAUGGCCGAGCUGAAGGAAGAAAUGACUUUAAUCACCGAUGGAACGCAUCCCGAGUUGGUCUCAUUAAUGGAGGAAAUAGAAUCUAAGAAGCGGAAACGCAUGGACACUGCAGCUGCAUGGUGUCGAUAUCAACAGUUGAAUUAUCGACGGCAAUAUGAAGGCUUCGAAUAUCAAGCUAAUGUGCACUUUAUCCAUAAGAAAAACGCCUUACGACGAGACAUGAUCAAUGGCCUGAAUGACAAGCGGUGGAAAUUGGACGAAGAGCGUGCAAAACUCGGUGAAUCAUCACCAUUGACUGGUACUGUACCUGAUCGAGCGGCCCUUGCACGCCACAAAAAGGUACAAAAAGCAGAAGCAUUGGAACUUCGACAUCUGCAAUCCGCCCUUGGAUUUCCAUUAGCGCCUAAUGUGCUUGGCAUUGGAAAAAAGGAUAUUGAUGAUGAUUUAGAGACGGCAAAAAAACUUAUUGAAGAGGAUUUAGAAGCUUUAGGUUUGACACGCGAAGCAAUGAGAUCGCCCAUGACAGCAACGCAAAGCGGUAGCAUACAUCCUACAGCAGUUGUAGGCACAUCGGAGCGGCUUCAGGGGAAAUCUGAUAACGGCGAGCAUACACUGGCGGAAGCUAAGCCUGUUGAUUACCAGAACGGCUCCAAUGUAAUAUCACCUCCACUCAAUAGCAACCCCAUAUAUAUCCAACAAGGCAAAUUACAAUAUCAUAAUCAUACAUUCAACAAAGGAGAUCAUUUCACGGUAGUAGAUGUUAAUGCAGGGCGGUACACGGCCAAGAUGCUAGUUGCACACGAAACUGAGAUUGUCAUACAACGGACAGAUGGAUCGAAAACGAGACUGCCGUUGGCAAUGAUUUGCGAAGGGAAAUAUCAGAUCUCCACCAAGUCAUAGUGGUUAAAAAUACCUUUGUAUUGCGCGCCAUGACAGCAUACGCCUUCCCUUAUCAUCUUG